GUUGGCUGGAUCAAUGGAUGGAGGGAAUCACUCGGUGGUGUCUGAGUUUGUGUUUCUGGGACUCACUCGUUCGUGGGAGAUCCAGCUUCUCCUCCUGGUGUUCUCCUCUGUGCUCUAUGUGGCAACCAUGACUGGCAACAUCCUCAUUGUGUUUUCUGUGACCACUGAUCCUCACUUGCACUCCCCCAUGUACUUCUUACUGGCAGGUCUCUCCUUCAUUGACUUAGGAGCCUGCUCUGUCACUUCUCCCAAGAUGAUUUAUGACCUUUUCAGAAAGCGCAAAGUCAUCUCCUUUGGAGGCUGCAUCACCCAGAUCUUCUUCAUCCAUCUCAUUGGUGGUGUGGAGAUGGUGCUGCUCAUGGCCAUGGCCUUUGACAGAUAUGUGGCCAUAUGCAAGCCUCUGCACUACCUGACCAUCAUGAGCCCACGGAUGUGCAUUUUGUUUUUGGCUGCUGCCUGGGGUCUUGGCGUUAUUCACUCACUGUUCCAACUGGCAUUUCUUAUUAAUAUACCCUUCUGUGGCCCUAAUACAUUGGACAGCUUUUACUGUGACCUCCCUCUGCUUCUCAGAUUGGCUUGUGCAGACACCUACAAAUUGCAGUUCAUGGUCACUGUCAACAGUGGGUUUAUCUGCGUUGGCUCUUUCUUUAUGCUUCUCAUCUCCUACAUCUUCAUCCUGUUCACUGUCUGGAAACAUUCCUCAGGUGGUUCCUCCAAGGCACUCUCUACUCUCUCAGCUCACAUCACUGUAGUCCUUUUGUUCUUUGGUCCGGCACUGUUUGUUUACGCAUGGCCACACUCUAAUUCACAGAUAGACAAAUUUCUUGCUAUUUUUGAUGCAGUUCUCACUCCUUUUCUGAAUCCAGUCGUUUACACAUUGAGGAAUAAAGAGAUGAAGGCAGCAAUGAAGAGAGUAUGCAGACAGCUUGUGAUUUAUAGAAAGAUCUCAUAAAUGAUAAGAUAAAGCUGUCUCAUUAAC